GGCGGCUGUGGUUUGAAUUCCAGCGGCGGCGCCGCCUGAGUCCGAACAAGAGCGGGAUUGGAGGGGGCGGGGACCUGGAGAGCCGGGCAGGUCGCGACCGCAGGGGUACCAGUGGUGCCGCCACCACAGACCCCAAUGCCACCACGUCCUCUGUGUCCGUGAUGGACUCGGUUUUGGAAGAGGACGUCACCCUCCCUGGGACUCUCAGCGGCUGCAGUGGCCUUGUUCCCAAGUUACCAGAUGACCUGGAAGGCAUCAGCCCCAUUGCCGGUUUGGGAAAUGGUGUGCUCCCAAAGGUGUCAGAAGAAACGGUGUCUCCCACCAGAGCACGGAACAUGAAGGACUUUGAAAAUCAAAUCACUGAACUGAAGAAAGAAAACUUUAACCUAAAACUUCGCAUCUAUUUCCUUGAGGAAAGAAUGCAACAGGAAUUUGAUGGCCCCACAGAACACAUCUAUAAAACUAAUAUCGAGCUCAAGGUGGAAGUAGAAAGUCUGAAGCGUGAGCUCCAAGAGAGAGAGCAGCUGCUCAUCAAAGCCUCCAAAGCAGUUGAGAGCCUCGCUGAGGGGGGUGACUCUGAAGUUCGGCGGGUGAAAGAGGAUGCUGAGAAGAAGGUGCAGCAGGUCGAAGAUCGCCUGACCAAAAGACUAUUCCUCCUGGAAGAGGAUGUGAAAGCUGCCCAAGCAGAACUGGAAAAGGCCUUUGCAGGGACAGAAACGGAGAAGGCUCUUCGAUUGAGUUUGGAAAGCAAGCUUUCAGAGAUGAAGAAGAUGCACGAGGGGGACUUGAACAUGGCUGUGGUCCUGGAAGAGAAAGACAGACUGAUUGAGGAGUUGAAGCUGUCUUUGAAGAGCAAAGAAGCUUUAAUUCAGUGCCUUAAAGAGGAGAAAUCUCAGAUGGUGUCUCCUGAUGAGAACGUGUCAUCUGGAGAGCUCCGAGGACUUUCUGCUGCUCUGAGGGAAGAAAAGGGGAGAGAAACUGAGGCUACACAAAUGGAGCGCCAGACGGAGAGAAAUCGCUUUGAAGAGAGGAUCCAGGCACUUCAGGAGGACCUGAGAGAGAAGGAAAGAGAAAUUGCUACAGAAAAGAAAAAUAGUUUAAAGAGAGAUAAAGCCAUCCAGGGUCUAACCAUGGCAUUAAAGUCAAAGGAAAAAGAGGUUGAAGAACUUAACUCUGAAGUUGAAGAGCUCAAGGCUGCCUUCGCCGAAGCCAGAGAGGCCAGCCAACAAACAGAGACCCAGACAUUCCAGGGGCCUGAAGGUUAUGAAGCUGCUCUGUUAGAAAAGGCAGCCUGUUUGGCCGAGCUGCACUCAGAAAACCUCACCAAGAGUACAGAGAACCACAGACUGCGUAGGAACAUUAAGAAGGUCACCCAGGAGCUGAGUGACUUGCAGCAGGAGAAGGAGAGACUAGAGAAGGAGCUGGAGGCAGCACAUCGAGAAAAGAGUAAAGGAGACUGCACUAUUCACGACCUUAGAAGUGAAGUUGAGAAAUUACGCAAUGAAGUGAAUGAAAGAGAGAAAACAGUGGAGAAUCGAUAUAAGAGUCUGUUGAGUGAAAGUAAUAAAAAAUCACACAGUCAAGAGCAGUUAAUCAGACAUCUAACAGAAAGUUCCAAUCAAAGGGGCAAGGACUUGUUGCUUCAGAAAUUCAAUGAAAAAGAUUCGGAAGCAAUACAGCAGAAUCGUUAUUUAAUGACUGCAGAGGAUCUCAAGUUCAGGAAUGAAGACUUAAUAACAGAAAAGUGCUCUUUUCAACAGUCACCAGGCAGCAGAAUCAUCUUCUCUGAGGUAAAGCAACAAUUAGACUAUGAAGAGCUGAUGAAGGUCUUAAAGAAAGAGCAGGACAUCUAUACCCACCUGGUAAAAUCCCUGCAGGACUCGGACAGUGUCAGCAAGCUGCAGGCUGAGUUAAAAACCAUCUUUGCCCUGCGCAAGCAGCUGGAGCGAGAUGUGCUCGCCUACCGGAAUCUGCAAAAAAUGCUGGAGGAGCAGAUCAGCGAAAUUCGGAGGCGGGAAGCCGAAGAACCUUUUUCAUUUUAUAGUGAUCAAACAUCUUAUCUAAGUAUUUGCCUUGAAGAGCAUAAUCAGUUUCAAGUGGACCAUUUUUCUCAAGAAGAUCUUAAGAAAAAGGUCAGUGACCUCAUACAGCUAGUGAAGGAACUGUAUACAGACAACCAGCACCUGAAGAAAACCAUCUUUGAUCUCUCCUGCAUGGGUUUCCAGGGGGAUGACAGACUGGAGUCAACAGAACAAGCAGAGCUUCCCGUUAGCAAGGAGGAUGACGACACCAUCAAAAUCGGAGAGGAUGAUGAGGAUAAUAUCCUGAGUGACCAGCACUUGGAGCAGACUAGCAAGAUUUCUGAGGAUUAUCCCAAAGGGGGCUGCAAAAAUGGAUAUUUAAGGCACACAGAUUCCAGUAUUUCAGACUACGAUGGAGCCCACAAACCUGGCUGCCCUGGAGACCAGAGUCUAGAAGAAGGCGAGCUCAUGAACCUGCUUUCCCCUUUCUUCAAUGAGAAGGCCAUGCUGUUACUGGAAUCCAGGCCAGACCUUCUGAAAGUGCUACGUGAACUGCUUUUGGAACAAAUAUGCUUGCCAGAGCAGGAAGUUUCCGGAGAACACCUCGAUGGUGAAACUGAGAAGACACUUAAGCAGAUGGCUGUUCAGCUAAGAGGUGAACUCAGACAGUUCAUCCAAGCCAACUCAUUUUACAAGCCCCAUGAUGAACUGAAGUCGCCUGGGGGAGCCCAGCUAGUAAAGGCAGAUGAACCAUCCAAGGUGGAGCUAAAAGAUGCCUCAGUGCAGACCAUGGCCAUGGAGGGUGAUGCUCUCCAGUUCAAUCACAAAGGCCUGAGAAAGGCUUGGGAUGAGAUACCACCAGCUGCCGCAUUCAGCACGGAGCAUCAGCCUGAGAACUUGUGCGGGAUGCCAGGGCCACAGGCCUCUGCCCUCUCCUUCCCUCAUGGGACUGACAAAGAUGCUAAGAAGUCCCGCCUACCCAUCCUAAUAAAACCAUCCCAGUCAUUAGGAAGUGUAUAUCGGCUCCCGGCUGCACAGGAGGUGGUGGCCCAGCUGCAGGGCCAGAUCUUGGAGCUGCAGGGGGAGCUGAAGGAGUUUAAAAUUUGUAACAAGCAACUUCACCAAAAGUUAAUUCUGGCUGAAGCAAUGAUGGAGGGGAGCCCAGCGCCAGACAAAACACUACUGAAAGCCCAGCCCCUUGUGCGAGCAGCCUACCAGGAUAGCCCAGGAGAGCAAAAAGGAAUUAAAACCACGCCCUAUGUCUGGAGAAACGAGGAAAGGGACAAUAAUCAGCAAACCAGCUACAAGACCAACUCUGAACUUGACCAGCCCAAUGACCCUGCCAUCUUGCCAUCAUGCAAAGAGAAUCCUUUUGAAGAUUUUCAGGGCCCAACUUCAGUAGCUACUUACCUGAGUUCUAAGAGUCAGCUUUCCACUGAAGUCAGUCUGAUUGGAACCGAUCAGUCUAAGAACAUUGAUACCUCAAAUGAUACAGAAAACUUAAAACAGAAAAUCUAUGACUUGGAAACCGAACUCGAAGGCUACCGGAAUUUCGUAUUUCAGCUUCAAAAGCACUCCCAGUGCAGUGAGGCCAUUAUCACUGUUUUGUGUGGGACAGAAGGGGCCCAGGAUGGCUCCAACAAACCCAAGGGUGGUACUGAUGAAGAAGAAAUGACCUUUUCAAGUUUGCACCAAGUACAUUAUGUGAAACACAUGGAAGUCCUCAGUCCACUGUGCUCAGAGAUGACUGAUGGCAGGGUGGUGGAGAACUUUGAACAGCAGCUAGUAGAACAGGAAAGUGAGCUGCAGAAAGAGCAGAAUUUGAACAUGGAAUUUUUCAGUGAAAUCCAUGACCUGCAGAAUAAGUUCAGAGAUCUCUCGCCCUCAAGAUACAAUUCGUUAGUUCAGUCCCAAGCCAGGGAGCUCUCCCUUCAGCGGCAGCAGAUUAAGGAGAGCCAUGGCAUCUGUGUCAUUUAUCGUCAACACAUGAACACCAUGAUUAAGGCAUUUGAGGAGCUGCUGCAAGCCAGCGAUGUGGACUACUACGUGGCCAGGGGCUUCCAGGAACAGCUGAAUCAAUGUGCUGAGCUGCUCGAGAAAUUGGAAAAGCUGUUUCUCAACGGAAAAUCAGUAGGAGUGGAAAUGAGCACCCAGAGUGAACUGAUAGAGAGGGUUGGGGAAAACAGCUCAGCCUACCAACAUAUUCUACCUGAAUCUCCUGAGCGUUCAGCCUCUCAAGCAUUGUCCGACUGUGAAGUGUCCGAAAAGUCCUCCUCCUCACGAGACCAGAAGCAAGACAGUGAGACCAAGAAGAUGUCAGUUAUGGCAAACAACUUUUCUCAAGACCUACUAAUGGAACAUAUACAAGAAAUUCGAAGUUUGAGAAAACGCUUAGAAGAAUCUAUUAAGACAAAUGAGAAGCUACGGAGACAGUUGGAAUGGCAAGGGUCUGAAUUUGAUCAAGGUUCUUCAAACAAUUUUGUUUGUGGUUCAGAGCUGCAUAAUUCUCUGACAUCAGAAAUUCGUUUCCUGAGGAAGCAGAACCAGGCCCUCAAUACAAUGCUUGCUAAAGGAUCCAGAGAUAAACAGAAGGAGAAUGAAAAAUUACGAGCAUCCCUCUCCAGGAAGACUGUGAACCUUGAGCAGCUCCAGCGAGAGUUUGCCUGUGUGAAGGGAGAGAACGAACGGCUGCAGCAGGAGGCGGGCCAGAGGGAGCGGCACAACCAGCAGCUGCUCCAGGAGCUCUGUGCCAGCCGCAGCGAGCUUAGCAGGGUGCAGGAGGAGUUGAAACGGAGGCAGCAGCUGCUCUCACAGAACAACAAGCUGCUGCAGUCCCUGCGUGUGGAGCUGAAGGUGUAUGAGAAACUGGAUGCGGCAGAACACAGGAUUCCCAGAGAGUCCAGAGAAGAGGUGUUAGGAGAAGGCUGGAAGGGGCAGGACCCGCUCAGUGACCUGCAUGACCUCCUGACCGAGAUCCAGGCUCUGCGGGCACAGCUGGAAAGGAGCAUCGAUACCAACAGCACACUGCAGGGCAGGCUCGAGGAGCAGCUGGUGCAGGGUGGGAGGAAGGCUCAGGAAGCAGUGAUUGCUUCGGCUUUCCAAACCCUACCCAUGCCUGAGCUGCCCCUUCUGCUAGACAAACACGAUGGUGAUAGAUGUCCUGUGGCAAUUGAUAAUUCCGAUGAUCUGUUUGACUCCACCCUGGCGGUGUCCCCGAGAUCAGCAUCAGAUGCUCCUCCACUCUCUAGAAAUGACAUGGACUCCCUCUCCUGUGACAGUGGCAGCUCAGCCACCAGCACCCCAUGCAUGUCUCGCCUGGUCCCUGGCCAUCACCUGUGGGCCAGCAAGCAUGGCUGUCACAUCCUGGGCCUGAUUGAGGACUACGAUGCCCUGUGUAAGCAGAUUGGUCAGGGCCAGAAGCUCCUUGCCGAGAUGGACAUUCAGAUCCAAGAGGCUCCCAGCCCUUCAAGCCGAGAGCUGGGAACAAAGGGUCUCUACCCGGUGCCCCUGAGCAGGUUUGUCACCAGUGUAGGCAGAGCCAAGCUGAUCCUAGAAGAGGCUGCGAGGUUACUGACACUUCUCUGGAGGGUCUCUCUCCCCAUGGAUGGCCGGUACACAGUCCACUGUGAACAGACUGGAAAAAUGAAGGCAGAGAUCACCAAACUACAUAAAAAAUUAUUUGAACAAGAAAAGAAGUUGCAACACACCAUGAAGCUUUUGCAGAUGAGCAAGCACCAGGAAAAAGUCAUCUUUGAUCAGUUGGUCGUGACCCACAAAGUCCUCCGGAAGGCCCGGGGAAACCUGGAGCUGAGGCCUGGGGGUGCCCUCCCAGGAACGUGCAGCCCCAGCAGACCGGGCUCCUGAGAACAGUCAGACAAUAAAGCUUGUAGUUCCCACCA